AUGGAUGAAGAAGAUACAGAGGACUACUCUCCAUUACUAAAGGCUGUAAGGAAUGGUCACCUUAAUGAAGUACGAAGCCUAGUCAGUCAAGGGGCGGACGUAAAUCAGAGUGAUGCUGAAGGCUGGACACCGUUAGUGAUUGCAGUAAAAAGCAAGCAGAUCGAUGUACUUAUGUUUCUUAUCGAUCAAGGGGCUGAAGUGAGAAAGUAUGUUAAAGGAAAGACUGCUUUAGACUUUGCUGUUCAGUUUGCUCAGGAGGGUCACCUUGAUGUCGUCAAAUAUCUGAUCAGUCAAGGAGCUGAGGUGUAUACAGAAGCUAAGUGUGGUAAGAAUGCAUUCCUCACUGCUGCUCAGAAUGGUCACCUUAAUGUCGUCAAAUAUCUGAUCAGUCAAGGAGCUGAGGUGAAUAAACGAGAUGAAUAUGCUCAGGAGGGUCACCUUGAUGUCGUCAAAUAUCUGAUCAGUCAAGGAGCUGAGGUGUAUACAGAAGCUAAGUGUGGUAAGAAUGCAUUCGUCACUGCUGCUCAGAAUGGUCACCUUAAUGUCGUCAAAUAUCUGAUCAGUCAAGGAGCUGAGGUUAAUAAAGCAACUAUUUAUGGUUGGACUGCAUUAAAAGAUGCUGCUGAGAAUGGUCGCCUUGAUGUCGUCAAAUAUCUGAUCAGUCAAGGAGCUGAGGUGAAUACAGAAACUACUCAAGGAGCUGAGGUGAAUACAGGAAACAACUAUGGUCGGACUGCAUUAAACGCUGCUGCUCAGAAAGGUCAUCGUGAUGUCGUCAAAUAUCUGAUCAGUCAAGGAGCUGAGGUGAAUGAAAGAGGUGGUCAUCUUGAUGUCACCAAAUACCCGAUCAGCCGAGAGGCUAUGGAAUACAGAGGAUAUCAUGCUGUUCGAACCUCACAAAAGCUGCUGCUAAGGAUGAGGAUUUAG